GGCGGUUCGUGGUGACUGCACAGUGCUCUCUCUGCUCAUUGGUUUUGCGUGCGUUUCGCUGAACGGUCGCUGGAACGCUUCGGGAAAUUACGGGGCAACCCAUAGUGUUCUCUUCCAUUAUAGAGUAGCUAUUAGCUGUGUUGUGUAUACAGUUUUUUCAUUGUAGGGAUCGUUUGAUUCUGAAUGGGACUUUAGAACAAUUUUUCGAGGUUACUGAUGUAAGACGAAUUGCAAGGAAAGACGUAUCUUCCAACUGGCAUCCGGUAGCAGAAAAGAAGAUUUAUAGACGUACGUCAAGUGGCGGUGGGUCUAAUUUUCAGUGUAGAGAGAAUCGGUUGCGAUAAGCAGGUCGCAAUUGGGCAACAUCACAAAAGUGGUUUACUGGGAAAAAUCGAUUAGCAGUGAGGCGUAUUCUGGUGAUUUGCAGCUGGUGAGUGUAUGGCUUUCGGGGCAGCGGUGGGAGUUUAAUUGGGAUCCGUUCCCGUUACAUUGUGAGGAACAUUGUGUAUAGUGUCGCAUUCUUACUGGAAUCGUGAAGAAAGGGUGAUUAUUCUCAAUAGUGAAAAAUAAUCGUGAUCGUAAAAACAACACACCUCCUUGGGGUGCGGUGCGGUGCAUGCAUGUGUGCGCUAAAAUCAGAAAGAGAAAUUGCGAUGAAGCAAGUGUGAGCCCUGGUGAGAACCCAAUUCAAAGUAGGCGCUGUGCAAUUGAUCAAUUGGCAUUAAAUGGCUGCAGUUUUUUUCGUGGGGUAAUCAAAGUGGCUCGCCUUGGAAGUUCACUGGUUACUUAGGUUCGAGCCCGACGAACGCGCGAGCGGAGAGGGAUGCUGAAUGCUGCGGUAAAACUAACCAGUCAUCGUUUAUUCGCUGAUAGUUUGGAUCGUAGCACGCAGUGCUGUUCUCAAUAGUAAUAAGAAAAAAUAAAUAAACACAAAGUGAACCAAUCGAAAACGGAAGGCUGUAGCUGCAUUUAAAACUAGUCUGCAGCAAAACGAACGACCACAGUACCUACAAGCAUUGACCUGGCGAAGACGGAAGGCAGAUUCUCAGCAGCUGUGCCCUUUCAAGAAAAUAUGAAGAUUAACGCAACCACCAAAAUGGCAACACCAAUAGAAGAGAAAUUCGAUCAGAAUCUCAAGACCCGCUCCGGAAUGGUGAUGAUAAGCGAUGGCAAAAGCAAACCAGAACUGGCCCGGCUACAUCUGUCUAUGGAGAUGAUCACAAUUCAAAAGCAGGACACAUCCACACCGGCACCGACGCCUACCAGCACCAGUCAUCCACCGAUAGAGUCUAAGGAACGCAUGGUACAAAUCACCCGGCAAAAGGUCGGUGGUCUAGGUUUAAGCAUAAAGGGCGGUGCCGAGCACAAACUUCCGAUACUGAUAUCCAGGAUCUACAAGGACCAAGCUGCCGAUGCAACAGGUCAGCUGUUUGUUGGCGAUGCUAUCAUCAAGGUCAACGGUGAAUACAUCACAGCAUGCCCACACGAUGAUGCGGUGAACAUCCUCCGGAACGCUGGUGACAUCGUAGUCCUAACAGUCAAACAUUACCGAGCGGCAACGCCAUUCCUGCAGAAGCAACUGAGUAGAGAGACUCCCGAGUCGGACAACGAUGCAACAUGCGCCGAGCUGAAGGCGGACGAGGUUUGGAAAUCGGCAAACAACAGCAGACCAGUUUCCAUCAGCUCCGAGCCGGAAAAUCGAUGGAUUGAUUUAGUGUCGGGUGAGUGGAGAAAUGUUUCAUUUUUGAGGUUUUGCUGUUCUCUAUCGGGCUUCCUGCUGCAAGCCCUCGGUUCACCGGAACUGGUCCAAAAGCAUAAUCUAUCUCGGCUGGGAAAAGUGCAGGGUUCAAACU